CCUUCCAUCCUGGGCGACACUUUGAAGGCUCCAGAGAAGAUCGCAAGAUGAAAACUCUGCUGCUGGCCUUGGGGGUGGUGACAUUCGUGUGCCUGGACUUAGGAGACACCAUGGAAUGUCACUCUUGCACUGGAAGAUUAUGUAGGACCUUUGCGAAGUGUCCAGAUGGGCAGUUCUGCUUUAGAAGAGAGAAUAGAACUGGUAUCAUCAGUAAGCAGAUAUCCAGGAUCGUCAAGGGAUGCACUGAUACCUGCGCUGAUCCAGGAGAAAAUGAGAAAGUUAUGUAUUGCGCAUUUGACAAGUGCAACUGGUAGUUCUGCAAGUGGCUCAAUUCCUUGAAGUUUGCCCUCAACCAUCAUGGGCCAUCCUUGAAAAUUUACGCUUCUGGCCUUUACCACCAGAUGGUCCAUAAUCCCCAUCCCCCCCUGCUCUCUUUGACACCGC